ACGAGACAACUUUCCCACACUCUUCAGAAACCUCGCCAACACCGACCGCGGUCGUCCACAAGAACGCUGAAAACCCUCAAGACGACAAUAUGACCAAAGGCACAUCGUCCUUCGGAAAACGGCACACUAAAAGUCACACCCUAUGCCGCCGAUGCGGUAACAGGGCCUUCCACAGGCAGCACAAGACUUGUGCUCAGUGUGGAUACCCUUCCGCAAAGCUUCGAUCGUAUGAAUGGGGCCAGAAAGCCAAGCGGAGAAAGACGACUGGUACUGGACGGAUGCGUCACCUUAAGGACGUAUCUAGGCGGUUCAAGAAUGGUUUCAGGGAGAACACCGUUGCUAAGAAGAGGUCCAAGCCAACGGAAGCGUGAAGCUCCUAGUCAAAAGUCCGUAGACUGACGUUGAUAUCUACCUUUACUUCAUGUUUCGAUGAUCCCAAUCCCAUCGCCUCUUCAUGAUGCCCGCCGCUCGAACUGCCUUUUCGUUUAUGUGCUUACAGCUUCACUCAUUUCAAGGACCUGAGGAAGAGACUGAAUCAAUAUUAAGAUAACCUUCAUUUCGCCUUUCCGCCGAC